UUGCAUUCCCGGCGGCCGCGACGAGCAUCCGAGCACAAAGCAUCAAAGAAAUUGCUGCGGUGGCUGUCGUUCCUUGACCGAGCUUGAGCAGCGCAGAUUGAAAGAGGAGGACCAAUAAACGCUGGCGGUGUACUCCACACUCCCAGAGUAUCGUAAGAUCUCCGAUGACGUCGUCGCACCACGUUGCGGCAGCCGUCGCCGCGUAUCCCAUGAUCCCCUUGACGGAAGCUGCCCAUUAGCCGGGCAAUGAUGAUGCCAACGGACACCCAGGUCACCAGCGUAGCGGUGCCGAGCAGAGGCCGGCACUAACGAUAGCUUUCUGGACUACUCCCGAAGCGCCUCGACGCUCAUCGGCUCCUCAUUCGCGAUCUUUCGGUAUAGUGAUCCCCGACUCCUAGGUCAAGGUAGUCGACCGAUCCUCUUCUCCGGCUUGGACCCAUCGGAAACUUCUUCCGCGCUCCUUUUCCUCGAACCGUCCGAACAGUCUUCGCCGAAGCGAUCGAAGUCUGCUGCUACCAGAAGAUCCUGGGCCAUUCAAAUCCCCCGGUAGGAGAUCCCCGGUCUAAUUGCCUCCUACGGCACCUAACGUUCAUUCCGACCCGACUGUUUUCGAUUCGUUCCGAUUGUCGUCCAGCCGUGUUUGGCCAGCUCGGAGUGAAUCGAGCCGAGCUCCGCAAAUUGCCGAUGCAGCCCGUGCUCCGGCCGAUUAACACGUACGUGCCGGUGAUACCGAUUCAUACGAAAAGGUAAAAGAGCUUCGCCGACUCGGACCUGGGACCAGUUAUCCGCGGGCGGUUGGUUCCGACGUUGACGGCUACCUGUCGAUAACCGGCGAACGUCUUCGCGCGAUAAACGUCGAGUGCGGUUGUCGGGUGCGCAAACAACAAGAUAUCUCUCGUCAGUUGCUGUGAAGUGAAUCGAAACGCGGAACGCAGGAGUUAAAGAGGCCAGGUGUACGGCCGUCGUUCAGGAACGAGUUGUGCGAUCGCUGAUGUCGAGUCGAUCGAUGAGUGUAUAGAGAGAGUGGUUCUUGUUUACUGUGGUGAAUCGGAUCAAUGGAAUUUCGGGGAACUACCGAGUUCUUCUAACACGCGGUGACAUCGAAAGCGAUGACCAACGAUUACGCUAGAUUUCGUCGCAGUUUCGCUUCGCAGAUUUCCAGGAAGUAUUUCACGAGGGAUAGAGGAAGCUACCACGUGUCCCACAUGGACGGACUCGGUGUACUGGUGCACCACGGAAGAGCGAACAAUGGAUAUGAGAAGAGGAGAGGCUAAGUAGCAGGCUGCAGGUACAGGAACAGAAAGGGCGAAGCGAUAGGUAAGACCGACCAAGGAAGUAGGCUCGAGCAGAGAGACAGCCAGAGAAGAAGACACGAAUCAGGCGGGAUCGAGGACGGAAGCGAAGAUCCGUUUGACGGGGAACAGUUGAGAAAGCCGAGAGCAGACGAAGAUUCGCGUAAAGAUGAAGAAGAACAGUUUGUGGACGGUGAUUUGGACCGUGUUUCUAGUGAUGGGCUUGGCUGUCGCGCAAACGUCGCAGCUAUGCCCGUCACCCAACGAGAUCGCGCCCUGUUCCUGCACCCUGAAGAAAUCCGGCCUGGACAUCGUUUGCGAGUCCACAGACCUGACGCACAUCACCAAUGCCAUGAAGGCGCUCAAAAGUAGAACCAACGCGGUCAUAUUUUACCUGCGUCUCAGGCACAACAGCUUGCCGAAACUGCAGCGCUACGUAUUCCUCGGCCUCGUUAUCCACCAUCUUACCAUUCACAACAGCAGCCUCGCGGUACUCGAGGAGUCUUCUUUGAGUUCCAUCGGAACUCAAUUGACGCAGCUGGAUCUAUCGCAGAAUGCUUUGAUCGCGGUGCCAACGGUCGCGUUGCAGGGUCUUCACCAGCUGCUUAUUUUGAAUAUGAACCACAAUAAGAUCAACGCCAUCCACGGAAAAGCCUUCGAAGGCCUCGACACUCUUGAAAUCCUUUCCCUGUACGAAAACAAGAUUAGCAACAUCGAUUCGGACGCUUUUAAAGGAUUGCAUAACAGGAAACUAAGGAGACUAAAUCUUGGCGGAAACGAGUUGACCAAGGUGCCAACAGAGGCAUUGCUCCCCCUGGACAUGCUGAGGAAAUUGGACAUUCCGGAGAACCGAAUUACCAGGGUUCAGGAGGGCGAUUUCGAAGGAUUGAAAAGCUUGGAUUCGUUAGGUUUGGCUCGCAAUCAGCUUCGCGAUCUUCCGGGCCGUGUAUUCUCCCACUUGACGCAAUUAAACUCUUUGGAGCUCGAUGGCAAUCAGAUUACCCACGUGGAUCCGGAUGCGUUCAUCGGUCUUGAGGAGAACCUACAAUAUUUGCGGUUAGGAGACAACAAUUUACACGCGGUACCCAGCGAUGCAUUGCGCCGUUUACACCGGUUGCGCCAUCUGGAUUUAAGGGCUAACAAUAUCAGCACCCUUCCGGAGGACGCUUUCAACGGAUAUGGAGAUUCCAUCACGUUUUUGAACCUCCAGAAGAACUUGAUCAAGGUGCUGCCGCCAUUGGUCUUCGAAACCUUGAACUCCCUGGAAACGCUGAACCUACAGAACAACAAGUUAACGCAAAUAUCUGAAGAAGUGACCGAGAACAUCGUCGAUACCCUUCGAAUUGUCGAUAUCACAGACAACCCUCUGAUCUGCGAUUGCGAGCUACGGUGGUACGCCGCAUGGCUGAGCAACCUGCGGAUCAACGCGGACGAGAAGAUGUUGACGAAGCGCACCGUGUGCACGAUGCAAAACGAACACCGGGAGUACGCCCUGGAGAAUAUACCUCUGGAGAGAAUGGGUUGCGUCGGGAAGAACGCCGGACGGACGUCGUCGUCGGCCAGCAACUAUCGCGUCCACGUCGGCACGAUGAUCGAGUUGCUGGCGUUGGUCGUCGCGGUGGUCUAAUUGCGACCGGUCACGCGACCGCCGACAAUCAUCCCGGUUAACGAAUCCCCGUUUCCUCUCGUUUAAGAACGCGCGUUUUCCUUUUCGCCCCCUUCCGGUCGCCGCCAU